ACCAUGCAAGAUGACAUCUAGCAAAUGUCGGAGCAUAAUUCACUCCCUCGUUCGCCUCGGACCCGGACCUGACCUGCGCCGCUGCGGAUCCGAUGUGACGACGGCUCGCUAGGGCUGGCGGCGCCGCUGCGAUCUGUGUGGAUAUUUUUUAAUUUAUGAGAAAUCACAUUCACGGACACAUCUUGGUUUCAACAUGGGGCUGUGCUACAGUCUGCGUCCCCGGCUCUUCGGGGACCUGAGCGGAUCCAUCUCCACCUCGGACUCGGACCCGCCGCCGGACGCCGCCGCCGCCGCCGGGGGGCCGACCCGAUCCGGGGCAGCUCGCCCGGAGGACAGCACCGGGGGAAGCGGCCCGCUGCGCCCCGGGGACCCGGCCAGGCUGCCGGCGGCCGGGGACACCCGCCGCGGGGACACCGGGACCGACGGGGUGCUCAUACAGAACGGAGGAGGUGGAGGUGGUGGAGGACACGGGGGUAAGGGGACAGGGAAGGACCGCGGCCGCCGCUUGCAGCUGCUGCCGAAGACAAGCGUCCAAAAGCAGAAAAACUGGGACAAAUUCCUGGUGGAGGAGAAGGAGGCCGAGAAGGAGGCGAAGAAAGUCAGCAAGAGCAUCGACCGGGCGCUGAAGGAGCUGAAGCGGGAGUACAAGCAGACCCACCGGCUGCUGCUGCUCGGUGCGGGAGAGUCCGGAAAAAGCACCAUUGUGAAGCAGAUGAGGAUCCUACACGUCAACGGCUUCAACGCGGAAGAAAAGAAACAGAAAAUCCAAGAUAUUCGGAAAAACGUGAAGGAUGCCAUAGUGACGAUAGUGUCUGCGAUGAGCACUUUAAUACCCCCUGUCCCGCUAGCCAACCCGGAGGACCAAUUCAGAAUCGAAUACAUCAAAAGCAUAGCACCUCUCUCCGACUUUGACUAUUCACAGGAGUUCUUUGAUCACGCAAAGAAGCUGUGGGAUGACGAAGGAGUGAAGGCCUGCUUUGAGAGGUCCAAUGAGUACCAGCUCAUCGACUGCGCACAAUAUUUCCUGGACAGAAUCGACUCUGUAAGACAGAGCGAGUACACACCAACGGACCAGGACCUGUUACGCUGCAGAGUGUUAACUUCAGGGAUUUUUGAAACGAGGUUCCAAGUAGACAAAGUGAACUUUCACAUGUUCGAUGUUGGGGGCCAGAGAGAUGAGAGGAGGAAAUGGAUCCAGUGCUUUAACGACGUCACUGCUAUCAUCUUCGUGGUGGCCAGCAGCAGCUACAACAUGGUAAUAAGGGAAGACAAUAACACCAACAGGCUACGGGAAGCCCUGGACCUCUUCCGCAGUAUUUGGAACAACAGAUGGUUACGCACUAUAUCGGUCAUAUUAUUCCUGAACAAGCAGGACAUGCUGGCUGAGAAAGUAUUAGCUGGAAAAUCCAAAAUUGAAGACUACUUCCCUGAAUAUGCUCGCUACACCAUACCAAAUGAAGCAACUCCUGAACCUGGUGAGGACCCGAGAGUGACGAGAGCAAAGUUCUUCAUCCGAGACGAGUUUCUUCGGAUCAGCACUGCGAGCGGCGACGGCAGACACUACUGCUACCCCCACUUCACCUGUGCCGUGGACACAGAGAACAUCCGGCGGGUGUUCAACGACUGCCGGGACAUCAUCCAGAGAAUGCACCUGCGGCAGUACGAACUCUUGUGAUGGGAGACCGCCUCCGUCAGCCUUCUGUGUUUUUCUCCACCAUUGUGCAUCCUUGACGAACCUUUCCUCCUCCUCCUGCUCCUCCUCCUCCUCCUCCUCCUCCUCCUCACCCUGAACCUUCACCCUUCCUCCACCCCCAAAGAAACCCUCAACACCCCCCCUGACCACCCCUCUUGUCGAGGACUAUGAAGUACUACUGAAGUGUGUCAAAUACUCUUCCUCUUCUUAACUUCUUAGCUUUUUGUACUUCUUCUUUUUUUUGGUUUUGUUUUUCUCUGGGACUGAUUUAUCCCCAUUUCACCGAUGUAAAAGGAAGGUUGGGGAACAAAGUUGUUGUGUGCCGCUUCUUUUUCUUUCUUUUUCUUUUCCUUUUUAAAUGCCUUGAUUUUUUGUCAUUCCACUAAGCCUUGGGCUACCUCCUUUUUUUUGUUUUGGUUUCUUUCUCCCCCCUUCUUGUUCUUCUGUUGUUUUGGCUUUGUCAUUGAACCUGGACUGGUGGGUGUGGAAACAUAAAACACACCUACAGGACCUCAGUGUAGAGGCAGUGUGUGUGUGUGUUAAUGUGUGUGUGUGAUGAAGAGUAGGAGGAAUGCCAUGUGAGUGAGCGCAUGUACGUGUGUUUAUGUUCGUGUGUCACCUGCUGGAUAAAGCCGGCAUCACCACCAUGACCUUUGCCCCCCGUUUAAUUUUUUUAAUUUCUUUUACCCCGUCGUCCCCCCCGACCUGCGUCCUCUCUCCGCGUGGAAGUCGACUGGACGCCGGCGAACCCGGAGUGGACGAGGGGGGGGGGGGUCGGCGGGCUGCAGAGUGGAUGAAGAGAUAAAUGCACUUUGCAUCAGGUUCCUUAAUAACUUUUUGUUUUUGUUUUUGUUCUUGUUGUUGUUGUUGUUUUUUCUCCAGAGGAAGCAUACACACAAUGUAGCAUCACAAUAUUUAUUACCCUGUCACGAUGUUAGCUUGCCGAGCUGCAGGGUGGAGCGAGCGGCCGAGAGACACGUGGAGCGAGAGAUUAAUACGACAGAAAUAUACGACAGCGGCGACGCAACGAAGGAUUUCAAUGAAGGAAAAGGGGACUGAGCUCUGUGCACCUUAGCCCUGCUGCCUCCACGGACUCGGACCUGCCUCCUUUUUCCACACAAACCAUCCUUUUAGCUUAGAGAUACUGG